GUCGCCGUUGCUGCCGUCGCCGCCGAGUCGUGCGGGGCCAGGCCGCGCCCUCCCCGGGCGCCCGGCGGCUCGCAUGCCGAGGGGCUCCGGGGCGUAGCUGCGCGCCCGGCGCCGCCUCCGGGCUCCUCCGGCCCCGCCAUGGGCUGCUGCAGCUCCGCCUCCGCCGCGCAGAGCUCCAAGCGAGAAUGGAAGCCCUUGGAGGACCGUAGCUGCACAGACAUACCAUGGCUGCUGCUCUUUGUCCUCUUCUGCAUUGGGAUGGGAUUUAUUUGUGGCUUUUCAGUAGCAACAGGUGCAGCCGCCAGACUAGUGUCAGGAUACGACAGCUAUGGAAAUAUCUGUGGGCAGAGAAAUGCGAAGCUGGAAGCAAUACCAAACAGUGGCCUGGACCACACCCACCGGAAGUAUGUGUUCUUUUUGGAUCCAUGCAAUCUGGACUUGAUAAACAGGAAGAUCAAGUCUGUAGCGCUGUGCGUAGCAGCAUGUCCAAGACAAGAGUUGAAAACCCUGAGUGAUGUCCAGAAGUUCGCAGAGAUCAACGGCUCAGCACUGUGUAACUACAGCAUAAAGCCUUCUGAGUACACUCUGACUGCAAAAUCCGCUGGGCAUUGCCCCAAACUACCAGUCCCAGCCAGUGCACCUAUUCCAUUCUUCCAUCGCUGUGCUCCUGUGAACAUUUCCUGCUAUGCCAAGUUUGCAGAGGCCCUGAUCACCUUUGUCAGUGACAAUAGUGUCUUACACAGGCUGAUUAGUGGAGUAAUGACCAGCAAAGAAAUUAUAUUGGGACUUUGCUUGUUAUCACUAGUUCUGUCCAUGAUUCUGAUGGUGAUUAUCAGGUACAUAUCGAGAGUGCUUGUGUGGAUCUUAACAAUUCUGGUCAUCCUGGGCUCACUGGGUGGCACGGGUGUACUGUGGUGGCUAUAUGCAAAGCAAAGAAGGUCCUCCAAAGAAACAGUUAUUCCUGAACAGCUUCAGAUAGCUGAAGACAAUCUGCGGGCCCUCCUCAUCUAUGCCAUUUCAGCCACAGUGUUCACUGUCAUUUUGUUCCUGAUAAUGCUGGUAAUGCGCAAGCGCGUGGCUCUCACCAUCGCCUUGUUCCACGUGGCUGGCAAGGUCUUCAUACACUUGCCGCUGCUCGUCUUCCAGCCCUUCUGGACCUUUUUUGCUCUUGUCUUAUUUUGGGCAUACUGGAUAAUGACGCUUCUUUUCCUCGGCACUACCGGCAGUGCUGUUCAGAAUGAUCAAGGUUUUGUGGAGUACAGGAUCUCUGGGCCUUUGCAGUACAUGUGGUGGUACCACGUGGUCGGCCUGAUUUGGAUCAGUGAGUUCAUUCUCGCGUGCCAGCAGAUGACCGUGGCAGGGGCCGUGGUGACGUACUAUUUCACUAGGGAUAAAAGGAAUUUGCCAUUCACACCUAUUCUGGCAUCAGUGAACCGCCUUAUUCGCUACCACCUUGGUACAGUGGCAAAAGGAUCCUUCAUUAUCACCCUAGUCAAAAUCCCAAGGAUGAUCCUCAUGUAUAUACACAGCCAGCUCAAAGGAAAGGAAAAUGCUUGUGCACGAUGUAUGCUGAAGUCUUGCAUUUGUUGCCUUUGGUGUCUUGAAAAGUGCCUAAAUUACUUAAACCAGAAUGCAUACACAGCCACGGCUAUCAAUAGCACCAACUUCUGCACCUCAGCAAAGGAUGCCUUUGUCAUUUUGGUGGAGAAUGCUUUGCGAGUGGCUGCCAUCAACACAGUGGGGGACUUCAUGUUAUUCCUAGGCAAGGUGCUGAUAGUCUGCAGCACGGGCUUGGCUGGCAUUAUGCUGCUCAACUACCAGCAAGACUACACAGUAUGGGUGCUGCCUCUGAUCAUCGUCUGCCUCUUUGCUUUCCUAGUCGCCCAUUGCUUCCUGUCCAUUUACGAAAUGGUAGUGGAUGUAUUGUUCUUGUGUUUUGCCAUUGAUACAAAAUAUAAUGACGGGAGCCCUGGCCGGGAAUUCUAUAUGGAUAAAGUGCUGAUGGAAUUUGUGGAAACCAGUAGGAAGGCAAUGAAAGAAGCUGGUAAGGGAGGCGUCGCCGAUGCCAGAGAGCUAAAGCCCAUGGCUUCGGGAGCAAGUUCUGCUUGAACAUAGCCGGCGGUUAUGGACCCCCAUUGACAUUCCAAAACAAUAUAUACACAUAACUAUGUAUUUGUGUGUGUGGGUGUGUGUAUAUAUGUAUAUGUAUGUGUGUAUAUAUAUGUAUAUGUAUAUACACACACACACAUAAUCAGCCAAAAUCAGAGAAAAGGAACAGGGAUUUAAUACCUUUUUUAUGCUUAUUUUUGUCAAACAUGUACUCCUUUCAUACGGGUGGCUUUUACAAGGCAACUUCCGUCGUUUAAUGUUUUCAAUUGUAAUUGUCUUAAUGGAAAUGUUAGAUUCAUAUCUGAUUAACAUUUUUAAUAACUAGAGGAAAUUUUAACUUUAGUUACUUGACCUAGGUAAAAAUUACUGUACCAAAUUCUUGUGUAAGUUCUUGCAGGGGUGAUUGCCCCAGUGUACGUUAAAAUCAGAAUCUUAUUUCACUGAUGCAUAAGUCCUAGCGUGUCAGGCUAGGCGUGUGCGCUCAGUCUGUGUCCCCCAAUCCAACAAGCCAUGUCAUUUUACUUUCCGAAGCAUCUGAGUGGGCCCGUUUUGGGAAAUUUCAUAAUAGCUCAUGCAUUUUGUUAGCUGACAUUCAAAAGUAACCAACUCCUCAGGUAUUUGUAGUUUGCCCUAACGCUUCUAUAGAAGGAAGUAGGAAAGCAGAGAAAGAAAGGGGUAGAUAAUCUUUAUUAUGCAAACUUUUUUCUUGUAUUUCGUCUUUUUCCUUUCUGACGUUUUAGUAGCAUCCACCACACAUCUGUGGGCCUGAUUUUAAAGGAAGCUGGGGCACCCAGCGAGUUUAGCCUUUACGUUUCUGUGUAUUGAUUUUCAGCUUAGGUAGUUCUAGAAGGCAUGAAAGAGAGAGAAACACGGAGCAGGAAGCAUUGGGAAUCCCAGUGCUUUGCUUUCGUUUCAGGGGCAGGUCAGGAGCUUAGGGUUAAACGGCCAUCUGUUCAAAUGCUCGCUAUAAAAUCUGAACACACUGGCAGGUGCUCCACUCCUUGGUCAUCCGUUGAGUAUCCAGAGUUCUACAACGUGUAACCGAAGAACUGGUUAGUGUUAAUCCUCAAGUGUGAAUGUUCUUUACGUUUGGGGGUACAUCUGGGGUAUUAUGUUUUGCUGGGUUUUUUUUCCAUUCCUAAAGCUUACCAGAUAUGAAUGGCUAAUAUUCCAUUGUUCUGCUUAUUGUAAUGGUGAAUGCUUUAAGAAAAAAAAGUGUAAUUUGCUAAGAAUAAUUCAUGAUCUGUUUAUGCGAUAACUCCUUUUUGUUACAAUUUUUUUAAAAAAGCUAUUUUUGUUAAUGUAAAGUAAAUAUUUCAGAGCAAAUUUUUUAAACUUAUUGCACUAAAUACAGGCUCUGUAAAAAAAAAAAAAAAAGCCUCAGCAUUUAUCAUUCCAUGGAAGGAGAAUCUUUUGAAAGAAAGCAUUGCCUACCAGACCUAGACAGUGAAUUAGACUGGUGUUAUGGAAUUGCACACAACGUCCCGAGGGCUCACUAAGCAGCUGUUUGCUAAUGUGCUUCCUUUCAAAGGGUUGGACCUUUAAAUUGCUGCAAAAGGUAAAUUGUAUUUUCUUUUUUAAGUACUGGUGUUCUUUAAUCUAGCUAGGCUAAAUUCUGCUAAAUGCCUUGGUUUCUUUUCAAAGCUCAUGAAUAUUUCUGAAUCUUCAGAGUAUUUGCAAUAAGAGUCUGGAUUAAAAUGACAACAAACCACACACACACACAGUUAAGAGUUCAUUUCUAAGCAGGAUCCGGGAAACCAGUGUUGAGAGCAUAGCGCUUGCGAAAUAACAAUUUGCCAGAAAUUAACAUCUAACAUCUAGUGUUGCCAAAUAGUGUCGCUGUCUUUUAUAUCAUUUGAAAUGGAAUUUAAUUAUGUAACCUAACAACUGUCCUAGUAGGUGAGAGGGGGGAAAAUCAGAGUACCGUGUGGCUCAUAGCCGCCCAGAUUUCGGACAUUCAGACACAUUGAGAACUAAAGUUAGAAUGGGCAGAAGCCUGGAAGAUGGGUCUCCCAGCAGAAGACAUUCCAGGAGCUAGCCAUUUUAGGAGGUGUCCCUCCAAAGUGACGUGAUGACGGACUUGAACUUGGGAAUCAGGUUCUGCUCACUUGGACGUCCCUGCAUCAUGGACUCUUGCUGCCCCUGUUCCAUGUGCUCGCAAUUCCAGCUACUGGAAACCACCAGGAAUGCUUUCUAAUUAUCAUUUGCAACUAGAACUGUAAUCAGAAAGAAAAUUUGUAUUUUUGUAUAACUUGAUUGUGUGUCAUUUUAUAUAACAGGUCCUGUUUUACAAAUAAAUUUUGUUUUACUAA